CUUUCUCUCUCACUUUAAUUUAAUUUUUGCUCCUUUUUUCGCGUUCACCGCAUUCUUGUCAAUUUUCACACUGCGCAUCCAAGGCUGCGGCAACGAAAAAAUAAAAAGAAACCCUCGGGAUUUUACACAUUGCGCGUAACUGGCAAUGAACGACAGUGUCACAUUCUUCAUAGCGCUGGGACUUGUUUUUUUGGUGCUCCGCUGGCUGCUAGGAGCACUUGCAGACGAUUCAGGCAAUGUUCCCAGACAUACCGGAGCGGCCAUCCGCGCGGAUUUGGCUCGGACAGGGUCACCAGUCGUCACCAGCGAUAACAUUCUGCGCAAUGGUGGGACUCUGCCUCUACCAGCAGCAACCCCUGCCGAGCAGCAGGCCGAGGCACUAGGCGGCGCAGCAACCAAUGCAAAUGUAUUUACCAGAGGGCAACAGGCGGGUGUAAUCGCGGCGGCGGGCAGCAGCAGCACCAUCUCAUCGACUGGGGGUGUUGUCUUGAACGCCGCUCAAUCGCCGCUUGUAAACAGGCUGCAAGUCUCGAAGGACGCUGGCGCAGAUCCCCUUGCGCCGGCACCACCAAAGUCUGAUAUUCUGCGCAAGCGCAAAGAGUUUAUGCUGAUGGAAGCGCGGAAAAAGUAUUUGGAGAAGCAAAAGCAGAGUCAGAGCCCUGUUUCGGGUUUGGACUCAGUGUCGGUUCCAAAUCGAGCGACAGCAGCAGAGGCAGAGGCAGAAACGACAAUAACAGCAACACCAUACCAGCCUGGAACUGCCAGCGGCAGCGGCAGCCCGCUGGACAAACAAAGAGCCGCCAGCACAGCACCAGGCGAAAAGGACACCUCACUAUAGACGAGCCCCCAAGAUCCAGCAGUUUGUUUAUGGGUUUAGGGGGUCUCUUUCGUUUCAUCGCAUUUCUUUGUGCUCCAAAGCCCGCCAAAAAUACAAUGAAGGGAAUAUAAUAUUCUCAACAGACAACAGAAAAAUUACGCUUUUCUUUUCUUUUUUCUUUAUUUUUGUUUGGAAUUACUAUUAUUAUUAUUCAAAUUUUUGGUCAUCUUUUUUACUUUUCC